ACCAAGUAACGGUAUGAUGAUGUUGGCACAAAAUGUACUGUAUUUUGGACUAUAAAACACGUUUGGUGCCCAGGAUCUUGCGUUUGGUGCUCGAUCAAUACAUUUCAGUACAGUAGGUUCAUCAUAUUACUUAAAUCCACACAAGUGCAAUAUAUUUGGAUUAAUCAAUUUUCAAAUGUCAAAGACCAUGGUAGAAGACAAUGAUUCCAGCACAAUGAAGAUAUUGGAUAUUGAUGACGACACACAUAGCAUGACCAGAACAAGAGAUGGCGUUAAAUAUUCAGUACAUUUUCAGUGGUGGAAGAGACCAUACAACGUUGCUGCAUUGUGUCUGGGGCUGCUGUGUGUUCUCCUACUGGCUGGGAUCAUAGGCCUGUGUGUACACUUCACUGGUCAGCAUUAUUCUCCAGAGAGAGACCAGCUACAGACCAGCUACAACAACAUGACUAAAGAGAAAGACCAGCUACAGACCAGUUAUAGCAUCCUGACUAAAGAGAGAGACCAGCUACAGACCAGCUACAACAACAUGACUAAAGAGAGAGACCAGCUACAGAUCAAUUAUAGAACCCUGACUAAAGAGAGAGACCAGCUACAGACCAGUUAUAGCACCCUGACUAAAGAUAGAGACCCGCUACAGACCAGUUAUAGUACUCUGACUAAAGAGAGAGACCAGCUACAGACCAGUUAUAGCACCCUGACUAAAGAGAGAGACCAGCUACAGACCAGUUAUAGCACCCUGACUAAAGAUAGAGACCAGCUACAGAGGGAGACAAUCAGCCUGAACAAGAAGCUCAAAGAGAGACCUUGUCACGAAGGAUGGAUGAAGUUCGAAACCAGCUGUUACUUCCUCUCAACUGUGAAUAAAACCUGGGAGGAGAGCAGAAUGGACUGUCUAAGGAGAGAAGCCCACCUUGUGAUCAUAAACAACAGAGAGGAACAGAUAUUUAUCAAUGGGUUAAACGGAGCAAAUAAACAAAUCUGGAUYGGUCUGACUGACACAUUUGCUGAGGGAACCUGGAAAUGGGUGGACGGCACACCACUGACUACCACGUAUUGGGGGGAUGGACAGCCUAAUAGCUGGAAAGAAACAGAGCAGGACUGUGGGGAGUUUGUACACCGUUCAACAGACCCAGGGGAUUGGAAUGACGAUGGGUGUUCCGUUGAACAAUACUGUGUCUGUGAGAAAUAGGAUUAUCAUAGAUACUCUCUCUGCACUGUCAUUAAAGGACCUCUCUAUGUCCUAUGUUACUCCUUUUAGUCUUAUGUCUGAAGACAGAUGUUAUUUGGUGGAAUGGUACUAGAUGUGGGAGAAUGCCACACUUUGACAAACACACACGCAUGUACAGUACAAGUCAAAAGUUUGGACACACCUACUCAUCCAAGGCU